AUGGCGGCACCUCCAGAGAAAACGAUCAGCAACUUGUCCGGGAAAUGGGUGCUUGAGCGCAAGCUCUCCACGGGCAUGGACGACGUCAUGGCCUUGCAAGGGCUGAGCUGGGUGAAGGUCAAAACUCUGGCAAUCAUCUCGGUCACGGAAACCUACAGGCAAUACGUCGACGAGAAGCAGGUCACGCACGUAGACGUCACGCCCACGGUGACGGGCGGGUUCAAAGGCCAGGUCAGCAGCUACGUCGUCGACGGCAUCGCGCGCACCAGGGAGAUUGCGGAAUUCGGGGAGGUGGUGGAAUCCAGCCGGUGGAGUGACUUGACCGAUGUCGACGACGAGUACUUGCGCGAAGGCUGGGUUUAUGCCGAAGCGGAAAAAAAGGGACCCAAGAAUCUCGUGCUGCAGGCCACCAUGGACAAGGGGGCCUGUGUCCUCGAUGGAGUGUGGGGAUUCAUCGACGUGGACGGGAAGAGGUAUCAUGCGCGGAAGACGACGUGCAGGAAGGGCGGCAAGACGAAGAGCUGCUGUGCGGUGUACUCGUGGAAGGAGACUGUGUGA